UCUUGAGAGGUGUAUGUGCAGUAUUCAAAAUAAUGUUUUAUAAACACAAAUUAUGAUUAUUAUUAGAAAAUACAAGUUGAAAUUUAUAUUAUAAUGAGCAGUGGAGAUAUAGAAAUAUAUAUCCGGCAGAAAUGUCCUUGGUCCAAGCUUCCUGCAUCUGUGAAACAGAUCCUUGGGGAUUCUCAGAAAGAAUAUGAGAAGCUUGUUAUUCAUUUCAGUGUAAAAAAUCAGCUUCGAUACCGAGGAAAUCUGGUUCGAAGUGUGAAGAAAGAUGAGAGAGGUUAUUAUGAAGAAUUGCUGCGGUACAGCCGAGAACACUUGAUGCUCUAUCCGUAUCAUUUAUCAGAUUUUAUUGUUACUCGUAUGCGUGUAACACCAUUUCAGUAUUAUAUAUCAAUAAUGCAGGACCUUAUGGAACAGGAAAAAAGCUAUGAUUCUCUUCCUAAUUUUACUGCAGCUGAUUGUCUUAGACUUCUUGGUAUUGGAAGAAAUCAAUAUAUAGAGCUCAUGAAUCAGUGUCGAUCAUCAAAGAAAUUUUUUGGCGUUCGUCGAAAGCCUAUCAGGGAAUUGCUACCAGCAAAGCCAGUUGUAAUGUUAGUCAUCGAGCCUUGGUGGGUGGUUUUUGUUGGCUAUGUGACUGAAGAUGAUAUAAAGAUUAUUCCUGAAAGUGAGAAGUGUAUUAUUGAUAAGAUUAUUGAUGAUGGAGCACAAAGAGCUGGAGAUCUUAAUGCCAAGGAUGUUAAAGGGCUUUAUAGAAGAGGUCUUAUAUACUUAGAUGUCCCAAUAGAAGAUGAUGAUUGUGUUUGUGUUCCUCCUCUUGAAGGAUUUGUCAUGAACAGAGUCUUGGGUGAUUAUUUAGAAACACUUUUAUAUAAAAUAUUUGUUUCUAUAGAUGAACACACGACUGUUGCAGAGCUUGCAAAUAUUCUUCAAGUUGAUUUGGAGCUUGUUAAGAAUGCUGUGUCAAUGUAUUGCCGUUUGGGAUUUGCACGCAAAAAAGGGCAGGAAGACCUUACCAAUUUGCAUCCUUCUUGGCAAAAGCAGAGUUCCUCAAAAAAUUCAAAGUCUGAUACCAGUGAGCAAAAUGAAAACCUCAUAAAAUUAUUAGAAUCUGAUCUUGAUAACUGGGCUCCAUCAUGUGAAACUGAUACACAUGAUCAAGUGCCAACAAUUCUAUCCAGUGUCCCUUUGAAGCGAAUAGGAUUUCUCUUUGACUCAACUUUGACUGCAUUUCUAAUGAUGGGAAAUUUAUCUCCGGGACUGAAAAGUCAUGCUGUUACAAUGUUUGAAGUUGGCAAAUUGUCAGAUGAAUCUCUAGAUAGUUUUUUAGUUGAGUUACUGAAGGUUGCUGAUGUUGGUGAAGGAGAAGCUAGAAGGUAUUUUGAUCAUGCAUUAACUCUUAGAGAUACAAUUGUGUUUCUUCGGCGCAAUCGAGAAUUGAUGUCAAAUUAUCUUGAAAAUACUGGUACUUCUUCUGGCUUAGGACUUGAUUUACUGAGGUGUGAAAGUUUGCAAAACUUAGACCAGGAAACCUGUUCACGUCUGUUGAAUAAAAACUACUGUUUGCUAAUUUCAAUGGCUCCACUUACAAAUGAAAUCAGACCUGUGAGCAGCUGCAAUCCACCACAUUUAGGACCACCUAUUCCAGAAGUCAGCUCAGUUUGGUUUAAACUUUUUCUGUAUAGUGUAACAAAAUGUGGUCCUCCUUCCCUCCUCUUGACAAAAGGCACUAGGCUUCGUGUUCUUCCCAAAAUCUUUAAGCUAUUGAUGUCCGAAGUUGCAAUCCCAUACCAAGGGGAAACUUCACACAGGGUGAAAGCAUCCAAGAAAGAAGUUGUCACUUUAUUUAA